AUGUCAUUUAAAACUUUAUCAGCAAAAGCAGCAGCUCAAUUAGAUCAAGAAUUAAUGUCUAGUGGUGCAUAUUCAAUAGAUCAAUUAAUGGAAUUAGCAGGAUUAUCAGUUGCAAAAGCCAUUUAUAAAGAAUAUCCGCCAUCACAACAAAAACCUUUACAAAAAAUUUUAGUAUUAGUUGGACCAGGAAAUAAUGGAGGUGAUGGAUUAGUAGCUGCUCGUCAUUUAAAGAUUUGGAAUGCUUAUGAACCUAUUAUUUAUUAUCCUAAAAAAUCAACAAAAAUUCAAUUGUAUGCCAAUUUAGUUAAACAAUUACAAAAUUUGGAUGUGAAGGAAGUAUCUACAUUGGAAGAAAUUAAACAUUUGCUAAAUGAUAAAUCAUAUAAUGGGAUUUCUUUAAUUUUAGAUUCGAUAUUUGGAUUUUCAUUCAAACCGCCAAUUAGAGAACCAUUCAAAGAUUUAAUCUCAUACUUAUCAGAAAAUCAUAAAAAUCUACCACCGAUUAUUUCAAUUGAUAUUCCAUCAGGAUGGGAUGUAAAUGAAGGACCAGUUGAUGUAGAUAUAAAUUCCAAGAUGUUGAUAAGUUUAACUGCUCCAAAACCAUGUGCUACAAAAUUUUUGGAAUUAGGUGAGAAAGAAGGAGAACAAAGAGUACAUUAUUUAGGUGGGAGAUUCAUAACUCCUGCAAUAGCUAAAAAGUAUGAUAUUGAAGAUAUUUUAAGUAAAUAUAAAGGAGAUGAAUUGAUUGUUAAAUUAUGA